AUGCCUGUCGCUCUUGCUGUAUGGAGUCUGAAGGUUGAGCCUGGAGAGCCUAUUGAGUUCGCGCCGGAGGGUGACCUUGUCAUUACCAACGCUGCGCUCGGCGACGAGCUUGCCGACGAGAGCUCGCGUACUUCUCUCAAGCUGAGGUACUUGUUGCCCAGCGCGACUGAGGAGAGCGACUCCGAAGACGAGAAGGACGAGGAGGAGGAUGAAGAUGAGCCGGUCAUCAUGGAGACUGUUCUCUGCUCUCUUACGCCCGGAAAGAUUGAGCAGGCUAACAUCAACCUCACGCUUGACGGCGACUCGGAGUACCUGCUCGAGGCUGUCGGCAAGAACACACUCUAUCUCAGCGGCAACUACAUUGACCAAACUCCCGAGCAAGUCCCCUUCAACGACGAGGACGACUCGGAUGAUGAGGACGAGGAUGGCUAUGACCUCCGCGACGUUAGCUCUGACGUCGAGAUGGACCCUGCUGAGAUGAUAGGUAUUGACGGCGACGAGAGCGACGAUACAGACGGCAACCGCUUCGAGGAGGUUCACGAAGAGGAGGCCGUGAAGUCUAAUAAGCGUCCUCGUGAGUCCGACGCCACGGAAGCCGACAAGCCUUCCAAGGCCCAGGAGAAGAAGGCGAAGAAGCAGAAGGCAGCUAACGGCGAUGCUGUUCCCGCCGCCGAGCCCGCUGCCGCUGCUGCAGACGUGAAGGCGGAGAAGAAGCAGAAGAAGAAGGAAAAGAAGGAGAAGGAGGCUGCUGCAGCAAAGGAGGCGGAGAAGGGUGGCGAGCUGAAGACGCUCCCGAGCGGUCUGCAGAUCAAGGACAUCAAGAUUGGCACCGGCCCCCAGGCGAAGGUUGGCAACAACGUGGCCAUGCGCUACAUUGGCAAGCUUCAGAACGGCAAGGUGUUCGACAAAAAUACCGGCGGUGUGCCAUUCUCGUUCAAGCUCGGCAAGGGCGAGGUCAUCAAGGGCUGGGAUGAGGGCAUCAAGGGUAUGGCAGUUGGCGGCGAGCGCUUGCUCGUUGUACCCGCCGCUCUCGGCUACGGCAAGAAGGGUAUGAAGCCUGACAUUCCUGGCAACGCUACCUUGACUUUCGAGACCAAGCUCGUCAACAUCAAGUAG